GUAUGGGAAGUUCAUUUUCAGAGAUUAAAUUGAUGAUUUUUGUAUUUUAUUUUAAAAGACCAUUUCAAUUGGAGGGUUCCAGUUUUCCAGUUUGAGGAACUCUUUUAAAUUUUAUGGAAUAUUCCGUGUAAGGGAAAAUAAAGGGGAACACACAAAAAUUGGCGGGAAAAUAAUCACACGGGUCUUAUUGGGCGAGUUCACACAUUGCUCUCGAAACAAUUGGAGAACCCCGAAAGCAAAAUCGAAGGCGAUGAACAAAGGCAUGAGCAGAAAACAGCCAGCGCCGCCACAACCGGCCGCGAACCCAGCCAAGCAGCGGGCCACGUCCGCAGAAGAAGAAUUCGGCCGCGAUGACGUCUUCCUCGACGAAACCCUUUUCGAGACAGAGGCCCGCCACUCUCCCAUGUCCUACACUUCCGCCUCCCGAAGCAUCGCAAUUGGAGAGAGCCAUAGAGAAUUUCUGCCUAAUUGGUCCGGGUCGCUGUCAUUAUCCGGAUUUUUGGGGUUACAAAGGAAGGGGGUAUCUGUCAAAAUGGUUGCUGCUGGUGCUGAACAUACUGCAGCUGUCACAGAAGAUGGGUCCCUCUAUGGAUGGGGCUGGGGCCGAUAUGGAAACUUGGGCCUUGGUGAUAGGAACGAUUGCAUGCUUCUGGAGAGGGUUUCUAUGGUUAAUUUUGGACAAGUUGGAGUGGGUGACAACAUCGAUCCCUGUUCUCCUGUGCAAGUUAAAUUUCUCCAUGAGCAGAAAGUAGUUCAAAUAUCUUGUGGAUGGAGACACACUUUUGCUGUUACUGAAAGACAAAAUGUGUUCUCCAAUAGUGGCAAGGCGAUAGACAAGAUGGAGAGAAUCGUGCUCAUCAGGCCACGAAAUCAUGUGUCGGAAAGAUGAUUUCGUGAUCACCUUCAUUUAAGUUAUUAAGCUCCCUGAUUUUAUGUAAAUAUUGAUUCCUUGUGCAAAUUGUCAAAGCUUGUAUAGCCUUUGUAUACCUGUAUAAAUAGUGCCAUAUACUGAGAUAAAUGGAAAUCAUCCAAAUUCAAC